AUGUUUUUUGCUUUUAUUUUAUCUUUCGUAUAAGCAUUUUAGAUGAAAAUAGAUGAUGAUUCAGCUGGUGUAAUUACAAAAUACACUUUUGAUGUCGAAUUAUAAGUAGAUUCAUAUAAUUAAAUUUUGGUAAUUUUUCCUAUUAGUUUUGAAUUUAUCAAGUAGAUAUAAAUAUAAUGUUGGUGUAAUGGGGAAUAAUAUUAAGUAAAAAGUUAAGAAAACUAAAUUCAAAUUUUGGGAGAUUUUCUUCCAUCAAAAUCGCUUAAAAUUACUUUAGAGAAUAUCGAGAAUGGCUAUGUUUCAUAUAAUAAUAAUAAUACAAAUAUGGAAUUCUCCUUGGAAUUUUAUUCUCAUUAUAACUUAGUAGAAAAAUAAUCUUGUUUUUAUAGAUUGUCUAUUUAACAGUAACUGCGUUUAGAUGGAAGAUAUGAAAACUAUACAACUUUUGUUAAAACUACCUUGCAUAUUGAUAUUAAUUUUCUAUUUAGAGUUCGAUCUGGAACAGUUCUUAAUAUCAUUUUUCCAAUUAUUAAUAAUGGAGCAAAUACAUUAGUGUCUUAAUUAAGUGAUACUACAUAUCCAUUUGAUUCAAAUAAAAUAUUAGAUUAUAACAUAAAUCUCAAUGAAAGAAAACUAACAAUUUUUAAUCUCUUUGAAAAGCAAUAUCUUCCUGGAGAUACUAUAAAUUUAUCAAUCGCAAAUAUCUUUACAAAUAAUUAAUAAUUGGAUAGGGAUUCAUUUGUUAUUCUUUUUCAAACUUCGUACAAAGGAUUAUAUAUUGCAGAGUUAGAAUACUUUUAAAGUGGUAUUAAAAGUGUUAGCAAUUCUAGAGAAUUUAUAUUAAAUAGUUCAAAUUAAAUUGUUUCUUAAAAAACAUAAUUAUAUUUUUCAUUUCUACCUAGAUUAGCUUAUAUUGAAGGAAGUUAAAUUUAUAUUCAUUUUUUAAAUCUUUAGUCAUCAAAUUAAAGUAAUAUUUUUAUUUUAUUUUAUUAUUAGUAGCCAAAGCAAUUUUUUUGCCAAAAUCGAACAUUAACCCUAAUUAUGAAUUUUCGAUUGAAAAUGAAGGCUUAGCCAUCAAAAAUUUCAAUUAAUAUUAUGAAUCAAUGAAAUUUGAAUUUUGUGUAUCAGAAAUAGUAAAUCCAACAGGACUUUCAAAUUUUAAUAUUGGAUUGUAUGUUCUUACUCCUGACAGAAAUUUAAUUGAAUAUUAAUAACAUGAAAUUGAAAUAAUUCCAGAAAUUAUAUCUUCUAUAAUAGUGGAGGCUUUAAAUACUACAGUUUUUGCAACUACAAAAAUUACAAUUAAAUUUGUAUUAUCAAAUCAAUAAACUAAAACAACUAUUCUAACAAUAUAAAUUCCUUAACAAAUUGAAAUUGUUAAAGAUUCAGUGAUAAUUAAUCCAGGAUCAUCUUAAGAAAUAAUAAUAUUAGGAUAAUAUAUUUAAUUCAAAAACUAUUUUAGUAAUAAUUAUAUCAAUAAUCAAAUUGAAAUAAUUUUUUUUGGUAAAUUGAUUGGGUUAGUUGGUCAAACUGAUAAUUUUUAAAUUUCUACUAAUGAUUAUUAAGAUGCUUUAAUAAGUAUUUCAAGAAAACCAGUCUUUUUAACAAUUAAACCAUCAGAAUAUAUAUUACUUUCUUUAAGGCCCUAAAUCUAAAUUACAGAUUUUAUAACAAAUUUUGUUAUUCAAUUCCAAAUACCCCAAAUUUAUGAAUAGAGUAUUAUGACUUUAAAAUUGCCAUAAGAACUUUAAUAAUAACUCAGUUUUUGUUCUGCUUCAAUUCAAACAAUAUAAUAAAUUUGUCAAAUAAAUGAUUAAAAUAUCAAUGUAAAAUUGUUUUUUGGAGGAAUUUUAGAAAUAAUCAUAUAUAACAUCAAAACAGAGAGAAGUUUAUAAGAAUAUAGUUAUUUAAUAGAAGGAGAAAUCACUUACAAGGAAGAAAUUUAGUCAAUUCAAUAAAAUCAAAAAGUUUCUUAUACUCUUUUAUAUGCAUAAACUUUUUCUAAUUAUUCCUUAAUUUAUUCUAAUUUAUUUUAUGGGGAAUUGAACAUAAUUUAAUUUUCAUUCAAUUUAUUAAGUACAAUCCAUUAGGAUGAUCUUUUAGAAAUUACAUUUCCUCUAAACAUAGAAACAAUUUUAAGCUGUUCAAAUAUUAUUGAGAAACAGAUGGGGAAUAAAAUCUUUUUAAGAUAAUUAUAAAAUAAUUUUAAUACUAUCAGUUGUGAGCUGAUAAAUCCUAAGGAAGACAUUCCAUUAUACCCAUUUAAUUUCAAUAUUGCUACGAAUACUGGAAAGCUUAUUGCUUAAUUUUAAGAUAUUUUUGGUAUUAGAGAUGGAUUAAGAAGUAACAAUAUUGAUUUUUCAAUUCAGUAAUCAAAAUAAUAUUUGAAUGAAGAAACUACUAUUACUUUGAAUUUUUUUACGAAUUUAGGAAUGGAAGAAAAUGGUAAAAUAAAAGCUGUCAUAACAAAUUCUCCCUUAUAUCUUUCAAAUUUUAAUUGUGAAUUCUAAUCAAACAGUACUAGAAUUAUUGAAUAAGAAGAGGCAUUCUGUGAUUCUUAUUUAGAUAAUGAAAAUUUAAUAAUAAUUGUAAAUUUUUUAAAUUCUUAAUCAUCGAAUACAUAUAAAAUAAUUUUUAAUGGGUUAAUUUUACAAGGAAAAAUUGGAGAUCAUGCAAUAAAUAUUACUCUUAAAAAUAUUAACAAAUUUGGUAAAACUGUUGAAGAAUCUUCAAAAUAAGAAAAGUUAGUAAUUACUUGUCAUGAAAAUUGUGAGAAUUGCAAUAUUAGCUAUAAUUAGUGUUCUUAAUGUAAAGUUGGAUUUGUAAUGUUUUAAAAUUAAUGUAUUACAAAAUGUCCUGCAAAUAUGAUAUCUACAUCAUAAGGAUGUGAAAGUUGUCUUACUAAUGCCAAUUGUUUAUUGUGUGAUCCAUAGAGUCUAAAUAAAUGUAUUUAAUGCAAGGAUGGAUUUAAUUUAAAGAAUGGAUAUUGCAUAAAAGUUAACAACAUUUCAAAUUAAAAUUCAAGCAAUACUUUAAAUUAAAGUAAUACUAACAAUAAUAAUUUUGACGAUAAUGAUUAUCAUAUUCCUAAAGAUAAUACCUUGAGAAAAAAUUAGAUUUAUGAUGGAUCUCCUAUUUUUGUAAUUUUAAUGAGCGGAAUGCUAUUAGUUUCAAUAUUAAAUAAAUUGAUAUUUAAAUAAAAAGCUAUGAUAGGAAAAACAUUUUAUGUAUUAACAAGUUUGCUUGAAAUGCCAAUUGCUAUAAUAAGAUUUAUAAGGUAUUUCUAUAAUUAAUUUUAGAUUUGCUUUGCUUCAAUAUCCAGGAUAUUUUUUAUUAUCUUUAUCAUGUUUGGCUGUGACUAUUUUGGUCUAAAUAAUUAAUAGUUCUUAACUAUAAUUAUUAAAGAAAACUAAUCUAAGUUAUUAGAAAAUUAUUUUUAAUUGUAAAGUAUAGUAAUAAUUGGCGACUUUGCUUUAAUGGAGAAUUUUUUUGUUAAUUUUACCUAAAUAAUGUUAGGAAGGCUUGUUAAAUGAAAUUAAAAAACUAUUUGCUAUUUAGGCAAUUUCAUAAACCCUACCAACAAUAGUUCAGAUUUCAUUUAUUUGCAACUAAAAUUAGUUCUCUAUGUUUUCUAUUGAUGAUAUUUUAUAUAAUAGCAUUAUUUUUGUUUUAUCAAUUUUGAAAGAUAUCUGGUUAACAGAGAAAAUGAAUUCAGAAUGUAGAAUUCAUCCUGAAUUUAAAUAAUAAAGUUUAUAAGUUUAAGAACAAAUACUAAGGAUAGAAAAUGAGUUAAAUCAAGAAGGAAAUUUGUAUUACUCAAACUAAUCUAAUAUUAAUGAAAUAAGAUAAUGAAAAGUGUAA